CCUUUGAUCCCGCGCACCCGCCAAGUGCACCCCGAAGGGCGCUACACAGAUAACAGCCCGCACAAAACUGUCCCUGCCUACUGGCCUGCUUCUUUUCACGAACCUUCACCUUCCAAGGCGUCUGCCCUCUCGUCGACGCCGGCACAAGCAGUGCAUAGUCCCCAUGGUCAACGUCACAUACGACGCCUCCGGAUCGCUCGUGUGGUUCGAUCCUGUCCAACAGGAAAAUGUCGUCUAUAACCUGGGCGACAUCGCCUGGGUUCUCGCCUCCACCGCCCUCGUGUGGAUCAUGAUUCCAGGCGUCGGCUUCUUCUAUUCAGGUCUGCUACGCCGGAAGAGCGCCCUCUCCAUGAUAUGGCUCUCCAUGACGGUUCUCGCGACCGUGUCCUUCCAGUGGUUCUUCUGGGGCUUCUCCCUUGCAUUCAGCGAUGGUGCUAGCAGGUACAUCGGUGACCUUCGCUAUUUCGGUCUCAAAGGCGUCCUCGAGAAACCCUCCAUUGGCAGCACACGCAUUCCCUCCAUUGCGUUCUGUGUCUUCCAGCUGAUGUUCGCGGCCAUCACUCCCAUACUCGCCCUCGGUGCCGUCGCAGAACGCGCACGGCUCGGUCCCACAAUCGUUUUCACUUUCGUUUGGUCGACCAUCGUCUACGACCCGAUUGCCUGCUGGACAUGGAACUCCAACGGCUGGGCCUUCGUCAUGGGCGGUCUCGACUUUGCAGGGGGCACGCCCGUUCAUAUCUCGUCAGGUACGGCUGCCCUCGCCAUCUCGAUUUAUCUCGGCAAGCGUCGAGGCUACGGCACUGAGCGUCUUGCUUACAAACCCCACAAUACUACCUACGUUGUGCUUGGCACGGUCUUCCUCUGGUUCGGCUGGUUCGGGUUCAAUGGCGGCUCUGCUCUCUCUGCCAACCUGCGCGCUGUUCAGGCGUGCAUUGUCACCAACUUGGCUGCCUCCGUCGGUGGCCUGACCUGGAUGUUCUGGGACUACCGCCUCGAGCGCAAAUGGUCCGCAGUUGGUUUCUGCUCGGGUGCAAUCGCUGGCUUGGUCGCCAUCACUCCGGGAUCAGGCUUUGUCGGAUCUCCGGCUGCCGUUCUCUUCGGCUUCAUGGCGGGCACCGUCUGCAAUUUUGCCACGCAGCUCAAGUUCUUUUUCCACUACGACGACUGUCUUGAUAUCUUCGCGUCGCACGCUAUCGGCGGCAUCGUCGGCAAUCUGCUUACCGGUCUGUUCGCGCAGAAGAGCGUCGCCGGUUUCGACGGCAUCACUGUCAUCAACGGCGGCUGGCUCGACCACCACUACAUCCAGCUCGCGUACCAGCUUGCAGACUCAACGUCCGGCCUGGCCUACUCCUUCGUGAUGACCACGAUCAUCCUGUGGAUCAUGCACUUCAUCCCGGGCCUGCGCAUGCGCUGCGACGAGGAGACCGAGAUCCUCGGCAUGGACGACGCCGAGAUGGGCGAGUUCGCGUACGACUACGUCGGCAUCGACGCGGCUGCGGGCCACAACUUCCACGACGACACGCACUCGCAUGGCGACGUCCUCCCGACGACGGGCGGCCGCGAGCCGAUGCACAUGCACUCAAACUCGAAGACGAUCGUCGUCUCCCACAAGGACGGCAAGGAGAGCGUGGGCGGCAGCGACUCCGCCGAUCAGCCUUGAGAUCGCCCUGCCUUGCCGUAGCUAUAUUGUCCAUCCUAUCACUACUAGAGUGGCGUUGUAUCUGUUGAUGCUCAUCUUGAGCUGCGAUAUUGUGUGUAUUAUACACCCCUUUCUUCCUUGACCCCCUUUUUUUUCUAAUGCUCACUCGUUCGCGCUCAUCCGCGGGUGUUUGGGUACAAAAGCAAGUGUAUAUCUGCAAGUACUACGUGUAUGGUCAUGUAAUUCCCAAGGAAUGUUUACAGAAUAUUUCAAACUGUAGCGUUGUCGAAGUGAUGGUGAGGGCACUCCUGGGGUGCCUCGUACAGUCACCAGUCCAAC